GGACUGUCGAGAACGGGUAAUUAGGUGUCGACCGAGCGACAUGCUCACGACAGGUGCUGCUCUUAAUAAAAUAUAUGCGCUCCCGUUUGUUUGGCGACCAGUUUUGCGCCCGAGUACCAUGGGCGCACCGCAAUUUUCACACCACAACUAGGGAAAAAACACGAGCGGGCAAAGGACGUCUUAACCACCGUUGGGCAGCAUAUUACAUACGGCAGAAAUCGGACGGCAGAAAAGGACACACAUCAGCGCGCUUACUUAACAGCUCACAACAACGCAACUCUUGCAAUUAUUUCUGGGCACGUCAGGCCAAGAGUGAAAUAUGACGUCCGCAGCAACGCAAAUAACAGCUUUCAGUGUUCUGUGUGCCAGUUCCACUCAUCGCCGAUUUUAUCUUUGGCUUAUGUGCAUGCUGAGCGACUCUUAUGAACACAACAUCUGCCAGAUAGACGAGUCUGACAAAAGUCAACUGUCAUUCGACAACGAGUAAUUUGACGUUUUGCAGCGCCCCGAUCGCUUCGCCGUACUCAAAGACGUACCUCUCGUAGCUUUCAAAGGAAUAGAAACAGACCAAAAAGUGUGUGGAACAAUGGGCGCUGAUUGUUGCUAGUGGGAGAAUCAAAUAUAAGGCCAGUUCGAUGCAGCAAAGCACUCAAAAGGGCCUGGAAUUGCGGCAAAAUGCUUGCAGCCAUUGGUGCAAUCAUGGUGUUUUUAUGGUUCCUGUGGCUUCUAUCUAGACGGAAGCUCUACAUCGCGUCAUGGCAGCUGCCUGGGCCUCCAGCCCUUCUGCCCAUCAUCGGAAAUGGAUUUACCUUCAUGUGUCCCGCCACAGACGUGUUAAAACAGCUUCUGAAAAUAACCGAGCCCUACCCGUCUCCGCUGCGCCUUUGGAUCGGCCCAAGGCUAGUGACUUUUAUCAAAGAUCCGGAUCAACUGCAGAAAGUCAUGCAGUCAUCAAAGUACACAGUGAAAUCGGACGUGUACCGUUUCCUUGAGCCCUUCAUGGGUAAGGGGCUGUUCACGCUGACAGGGCCGCGGCAUAAGGUGCAAAGAAAGCUGCUGCAGCCGCUUUUUGGACCCCGCGUGCUUGAGAGCGUCAGCGCAAUGUUCCAGAAGCACGCGCUAAAUCUGGUCCAGACCCUGGAAGACCAAGUGGGGUCUGGCUGCUUUGAUGUGCUUCAUAGUCUUCACCAGUCGGCCUUUGAGGCCACAGUCGAUAUUCUGCUGGAAAAUGCCAACACUGAUAACCCGGACUACAAACUAAUACCCGGAUAUGUUAGAAGAUUCUACCACAUAUUCUCCCAAAGGGUUUCCACCUUUUGGCUCCACUCAGGACUGCUGUACCGGCUCAGUGCCUAUUACAAGGAGCAGCAAAUGAUGGUCGAGUUAGCCUCAAAAUGCAUAGAAGAAGUUGCUAGCCAGCAACUUCCGGAAAUUCUAAAGCGCAAGGAGGGCGCAACCAAGUGCUGCCAAACACGCUCCACUCCAUCAGUCCUCGAAAUCAUGGUAGAACUCUUCAAAGAGAACCCGGCCAGCCUCACUGAGGAGGAAUUCAAGGAUCACAUGAUGACGUUUUUCGCCACCAGUCAAGACACUCAGAGCUCAGCGCUGGCUUUCACACUGAUGAUGUUGGGGAUGCACAAAGAUAUUCAGAACAAGGUGCUGCAGGAACUGCAAGAAGUGCUAGAUGGGAGGCAGCUGGUUACUUUGGAAGAUGCAGCCAAGCUCAAAUACAUGGAGAUGUGCAUAAAUGAGGCGAUGAGGCUCUUUCCGGUGGGCCCUUUUCUGCCUCGCGACGUGGCACAGAGUUUCAAGUUGGGAAGCACAACGAUUCCCGAGGGCAGUUCAAUCAUUCUGGGCAUUUUUAACGUCCAUCGCGACCCGAAUCACUGGCAGAAACCCGAGGAAUUUUACCCGGAACACUUCGCCGAAGAAGAAAUCGCGCAAAGACACCCGUACGCCUUCCUGCCGUUUAGUGCAGGCCCACGCAGGUGCAUCGCUCAACAAUACAGCUACGUGAACAUGAAGAUUAUCAUCGGACAAAUCCUCAUUAAGUACGAAAUCAACUGUCCCUUUACGUUGCGCAGUAUGGAACUGAUGACUGAUGUGUCCAUUCGACCAAUUGCCGGCUAUCUGGUGCAGAUUUUCAAUAGAUGUUGAAGAAUUUAAUAAAGAAUUAUUGGAUGUUUUUUUAAA